GUUGUGGUCCGCUUUGGUAAUUUUAAAUGUAUGUGUGUAUGUUGAUGGUGUGGUGAACGUGUGUGAGAUUGCAGUAGUUCAGUUCGGUGCAACCAAAACGAAAAUCAAAAUCUCCAAUAAUACUAAGUAGAAGGGAAAGUAAUACGGAAGUAAAAGGUGCUUGGAACUGUCUUCAGUCGAGAACACAGUUGAAUGUAAGCCUGCCAUAUUUGACAAAAUGUGUGAUCAUCUGCGUUCUCGACACCUCAACAUAUUGCUGGCUAUGAUUGGCUUAGUGGUAUCAGCACCAUUUGUAUUAACACAAGUAAACGAUGAGCCAAAUAUUAUAAGACCAACACCAGCUUUUCGUCUAGCAGAUGAUUUAACAACUGUUUUAUUAGUCAAUAACGACGGGGUUGGUCGUUUAGGGGAUGGUCACGUACACGGUCGAUAUCUAUCAGUUCGGCCAGAGGUGGGUCUUUUAACAUCCACAGCACGCACAUUUAUUCAAGAGGGCAUUACAACUGAAUAUGCCACACAGGUGCUGGGCACAACUUUAGAGAAUGGUCGCCUGUAUGCCCAAUACCUAAAAAAAAGUUCCAGAGUUCUCUUUGAGAAUGGUCAUGAAACAUCACUGCAACCAUCGCUGGCUGUUCUCACGAGCUGGGUGGGAGAGGGAGAUACAAUUCAUACACAUAGUCGUUCGUAUAUUCAAAGUCACAAUGAUUUAUUUAAUGUUGAUGCGGCUGAUUGGCGAGCCAUAGAAGACAGUUUAGAUGAUAUUUCUUCUAGCCACAUCCCAGUCUCUGUCGAAUUUGUUGGCAACACUGAUUUUCCUAAGAUACAAGAUUCAGCACAGGUAUUGCUAUCUACGACAACAAAAACUGAGAACAUUUUAGACCGAAAACAAGCCGUUCAAGGUGAAGUGCAUUCACGCAUCCACGGAGAAGGAAAAUUGACCGCUAACAAAGUGCUGCCAGUGGGUGAUCUGCCAACUUUUACAGUAAAAAAUCAUUUCGAGCCCAGUGGCUAUCAUGCAAACGGUCAAAUUCCUCCAAAUGCGGAUAUAGAUGCAGAAGAAAUACGAUCGGCCAAAGAAUAUUAUUGGCAACAGCAGCAGUCUGUACAACUGAAACAAAGUGAGCAUCAUCUUCUAAACUUGCAAAAGGAACGCCUGCUUUCAACUGUCACAUAUUAUGGAUUUGCCGAUUUUACAACAGUUGUGGGGGAUAGCGUUAUUGUAUUUUCUCCAAACACCAGACCUCCAAUACAUUUAAUGGGACAUGUGACAUCUAUAAAGGGUGUGGCGACACUUCAAUCUACACCUGUAGAAGAUGAAAAAUUAAUUUUAAGUAUGACCACAGCAGCAAAUGCGCCUUAUUUAGAUAGAGCUCCUAAUACUGUACCUGAUCAAUCAAACAAGGCAAUGGAAACUACAGAAACCAUCAUUGAAAUAAAUGAACCUCAAGCCAAUUCGACUUAUUCUCUGUCUAGUAUUGAAACAUCUCCAAUUCAUACACCUGAUCUCGAUUUGCAAAGUAUUGAAAACGUCUUAUCGCAGCAGUCUGGAGAAUUGGAUAGCAGCAUGGGGAAGUCUAUGUUGUCAUUGCCUACAGAUCAAGAAAUCUUUGAAAUCUAUGCAUCAUUAACGAAAGCAGAAGCAAAGCAACAAUCUAUUCCUUCGAAUACACAGCAAACUCGUGGUGGAGCGACAACAAUUUUUGUUGAUGACGAUCCGUUUGCGAAUUUUGCGGAGCCCUCAAAAAUACUAACGUCUAGUAGUGAUACAAAUUUAAUAAAUGAGGAGAAGGUAACAUCAGAAUUACAUCUAGUGAAAGCUACCGAAGGCAACGAAAAAUAUAGUGCGAUUACUACAGACAUAGACACAAAUACUGAAUUACCAAAUCCUAUUAUUACACAAUUGAUACUUGAGUCAACACAACUCUCACCACUUCCUCAUAACUCAAAUGUGUCGACUUGUGAGCAGCAAAGUUCUCAAAUAUUCCUUACUCAAUUUCCGAAGUUGAUAACUAUUUUAAGCACUCACGUUCAAGAAAAGAGCACUCUAAUAGAGACUAGUUAUUCCUCUUCGUAUGAUAUUAAAGAAACCACGAAAUAUUACUGCAUACCACCAAUACUCCAAGUAUCUGAAACAACAUCAGCAACCAAAUUAACUUCUACAACAGGAGAGUCAAAUUCAGUAUCAGAAGCGGUGUCGGAGUUUAAGCCAGAGGCUGAGCUAGUGUCGCAGACUGAGAAAGAGUCGGAGACUGAUAACACAAGUACAAUGAAUGUGUUAGAACGUGAUAUAGAACAAAUCGAUGAGACAACAAUAGAAACGACAUCAGAGGAAUCUCUAAUCAAAAUUGAAAGCUCAACCGAAUACAGCAAUGUUGAUGAGGAUUACGUGACUGAGAUUGAGAAUGAAGACUACGAUAAUGACAAUGAUAGUGAAAAUGGACAGAAUGAAAUUGACGUAAUCUUUAAGACGCUAUUCACAACCUAUACAUAUCUGACAACAUUUUUUGAAGGCGCCUCGACUGCUGUGUCUAGUCACACUGAGAUAGUAACGAAUGUGAUUACAUCGAUUGUAGGAAACUCCGAACGGCAGAAAGAAUCAAUAUCCACAAAACUAGAGUCUUCAUCAACAACAACGGCUACCGAGAUGGUUGCAUUGACACCUUCUAAAUACGUAAUACAAAAUGAAUUCGAUAGGUUGCUCCACUCGAGUGCUUAUGAUUUAGAAUCAAAUUUCGAUGAAUUGAGCCAGGCAACUUUGCAAUUGGAUGAUGCCAAGUACACAAAGACUUUCUAUACAACCUACACCUUUUAUACAACUAUUUUUGCUGAUAGUGCAUCGGAAAUCACAUCGCGUACUGAAGUAUUUACAAAUUAUGUUAGUGAAUUGCUAUCUGAAUCUAGUUCGACAGUGGACGUUGCUAUAAUGAGUACGUCCCCUAAUGUUGUUGCAGUAUCAACCGCAAGCAUUGCUGUAUCUAAUAACAAUAAUAAGGCAGCUAAAGAAGUGGAGGAGAAGGAGGAACGUGAAAAACUGAGAUUUGUCACAGAUGUUCGUACAAGUAGUUCGACUGGCAACCAUAAACAAGUCAUCGGUCAGUUGUUGGUGAGCAAGGAUCAAACCAUCGAAGAUCAAGUAAGUUCAGAAAGCAACACUGAAGAGAUCUUACCCUCGGAGACUCUAUUACUGCAGACAAGUUUCACCACUUUCACCUUUUACACUACCAUGUAUGAGGAGGAUGUCACCAAUGUGGUGAGUCGACUAGAAACCGUUACGAAUAUUGUCACUGAAACUGUGCAGCCAACAAAACUAUCUCAAAACCAAGGACAAGAAGAUGUAGCCACGUUGCCCAUCACAUAUUUUACAACAUUCACAUAUUGGACCAAGUUGGCCAAAGAUGGUGAGAUUACAACCAUUAGCCGAGAGGAAACCAUAUCAAACGUGAUUGAGCCAACAAAGCAGCAAAGCAUUGAAAGUUAUACUAAUAUGACCGCUACAAAAACAAUCACAGAAACAACAACGCUAUUCAAUGCAAGCAAUAGUCAAGCAAAUGCUUUCAAAGAUUAUGCGGAUGCAAUUACAACUUUUUAUACGACUUACACAUAUUAUACAACGUCGUAUGAUAACAAUAAUACUGUUACGGAUUCUAGAUUAGAGACUGUUACCAAUAUUUUUCGACCUACUGAUUUUUCCAUUUCCAAUGUUGAGCAAUCGCAAACAGAAAUAUUGCCAGAGAUAAGUACGUCAAUGUUAAAAGUCGAUGCGAGUAAAAGUAGUUUAUCGAACUUGAUUUUUUAUGACUAUAAGCAUAUUAUCGAUGCUGAAAGCGUAAGCACAUUGUAUUUCACGACUAACAUUUAUGCAUCGAUUAAUCAGGACGGCACCACUGUAGAACUCACCAGCAGUACAUCGCACCUUCAUGUUGAUGAGGAGAAAAAGAUGUACUUGGCUACUACGAAUAGUCUUAUAAGUGCAGUAUCUGAUAGGUCUACAAGUGCUGAUGGGGAUACCAUUUCGUUGCGACAAUACAAAACCGGUUUGGUGCGAUUAAUCGAAGGAACGCGCAUAGGGAAUAAUACGACUACAUUAUACCAGUCUAAGGUAAUUGGCACUAUUAUCGACAAUCGCUAUGCACAGAUUAUCGAAAGUACGUCGAGUUUUCUAUUCGAAAACCAAAUCGAGCCAAGUGCAACUUCAAAUUUAGUGGACAGUAUUGUAAUGAGCGUAACUGAGAGUCUUCUCACAUUAGUGGAACAUGAUUACAGUAUGAUGGAGCAUCAUGGCUCUACUGAGAUUAAUUUAGAUGAAGAGGAGAAGGAUAUAACUAAUGAUGAGGAUCAAGUUGAAAUUGAAAAUUCAAUCGAUAGCGAUAACAAUCUUAUUAACGCUCAGGCAAAACCUCCAGAAAAGAAACGGACAUUUGCACCUGUGAUUCGCCCAUUUGCAUCUCGGAACAGACCAACCAAUCGAUUCGCUCCCAAGCAAAAAACACAAAGUGCAAGCAGCGCUACAAUAAUCACUAGAUUAGAUAUAACACCAACUAUUACGGCAACACCAGCGCUAAAGUCCGUUGGUCGGUUUAGUUCGUCUCGAAGAAUUCCCACUUCAAAUGUACCCAAUAAUUUCUCAACCUCUUCGCGACGACUUUUUGGACGACCCAUAAAACCAUCGAGUGGAGGAACAUUUAGUCAAAUACCUAGUAGUAAUAUUCAGGGAAGCAGUACCAUUUCUACUUUGCCAAGAAAUCGCUUUGCAUCUAGCUUACGCACAGCACAAACCUCGAAUCCUUCGAGGCGUCUCAGCUCAUCUUAUCGAGGCUCCAGUAGUACUAAUAGCUAUCGUAUCUCAGCACUAAACCGCAAUAAGCCAACAAUUGCCAUUAGCCCUACAUCGAUUGCCAAAGGCAAUACCGAUGUCAGCACUGAUGCUUUGUUGGAGGAAGAGGAAACUUACGGCGAGGAAUUGAAUGCUGAUGUCUUUGAAGAUGAUGCUAAAGCCAACGAAAAUGCAAGACGACAGCAAAAUCCUCUUUUACGUUUUAGACGACCACUUAAUCGACCUAACGGCUUUACCCUUGCCAAUCGUUCGAAUGUAAUUUCUGGUACAAGUACUUCACCUCGUAGAAAUUCGUUGUCAGUUCGCACUAAAUCCACAACGGUGACACCAACAACAACUACUUCGACUACCUCUACAGCGAGAGCACGACCACGCAGUUUCCAAAGGCCCACAAUUACUAAUCUUCAAACCGCAACCCGUUCUAAUAAUAAACUUUUUCCACCGCGCGGACUCUUUCAAAAAAAGACACAAAAACUGGACGAAACUGGUUCGAACCUAAAAGAAAAUGACGAUUCGGAAUAUGACGAUGAUGAAGAGGUGGGAACAUUUACCGAUAUAGUUGAAGAUGGCCAGGAUAGUGAUAAUGGCAACAAUCGUCGUCGUCGUUCCCAAAACAACAAAAAAACUCUUUCCCGACGGCGUCGUCAGACUGCAGAUGUCUUGAAUCGUAGCCGCUUUAGAUUUCGUCGACCUAAGACUACAACUUCUGAGGAGCCACCGCAAGGAGUAGAAAACCAUGAAGUGACUGAAGGCCCGAGUACUAAUCCCCGCUUAAAGCAAAAUGCUCGAUAUGGUUCCCGUUUCCAGACACAUUCGCAGCCAUCUACAGGAAAUUCGUCAUCGCAAUCAUCUUCCUCGUCUGUUAAUCGGGGAGCUAUACGGCCAACGCGACCCACAGCCUCACGCAUGCAAUUCACGCUGAGAGAGAAGGACAGCAGUACUGUAAAAGGUACUGCUAGGCAGGGUAAGGGCAGUAGUCAAUCGUCCACAUCAUCUUUCCGACGUCACCACCAACCACCUGCAACAUCGCUGCGUCGUGUAACAACUAAUAGUUCACUUAAUUCGCGACGCAUAAAAAGUUAUGCGCAUCACAAUCACAAUGCCGUCGAACCUCCCAAUCAGCGUUCAGCAAGCACAUCUCGCUCAAGGAAUAGCAAUCGAAAUCGGAGCUCCGCAACGCGUGGAAGAACGUCACAUCGAAACGAUGAUAACAGUUUAACAGAUUUGGACAGCGUAACGAUCACGGCGACCCAUUUAAUACCAGCCGAGGUCACUAUUCCUGUCAUAAAUGGCCAAGUGACCGAGUACAAGAACAUUGUUACAGGCAAACCAAGUUUAGAAGUGCUUUCACCACAUCAAUAUACACAAAUCUUGGGCAAUAACGGUCAAACGUCACUCUACUUGACUAGAGAGGAUUCCAGCAUUAAUGCGGCUGGAGUUACGGAACUAACGCGAUAUUUGCUACACGAUACGAUGACAACCACGGUUACAUUCACUCCCACAACAAUUCGUGGGCGCAAAACGUCUUUCUCCCACAUCCUUCCAUCGACUAUAUACACGGUGGAGAAUGUUGUAACGACGCUUCAACCGCAAAUAUCCGCAAAUGCGCCUUUAGCAAAUAUAUUGCUAUCUCAGUUGCUAUUGGGAAAUAUCAAUUUGCCGGCUAAUCAAUUACUGGGCGUUUUAGGUCAACCAGCUCAGGGAUCUCUAUUAGCUACUGGGCUGUCCCUAGAGCAAGCACCUGCUGCACAACCUCUACCACUGACAGAGUAUCGUACACAUACAUCAACUUAUGUAACUACCAUCUAUGAUGGCAAAUCAACAAUAUUGCCAAUUACAUUUCAGGGUAAAAAAAUUUUAACAACCGUCUUUGAUACUACAGCACAAACAAUAACAGCAACAGAAUAUAGCAUUGAUACCAUCAUUAAAACGCCCACAAUACAACAGCAAUUGCAGCAGCAGCAGCAGCCUCAAGUGAAUAGUUUAUUGCUACAACAAUUGCUCUUGCAACAACAACAACAACAACAUAAUCAGAUACCCCAGCAAAUAUCCAAUACUGUAAUGCCACAAAUAUUCUUGGGCGAUCAUCUACAAGACUUGGACGGUGCAGACGCUUUAGCCGAUGCUGUUGCCCAUAUGCGAGAUAACAUCGACGAUAUAAUCAUAACAGAGCUCGAUGGCGACCGUAAAAGCAGUCGAAAGAAAUCAAGAAAGUCCGAAAAAUCUCAAAAACGUCAAAAGGCACAGCCAGCAGCAGCUGAAGAGGAAGAAGAGCGCAGUGUGAUAACUCUUUAUGUUUCUGGACGAAGACCUGGGGAAUUUAGCACCAUCUUAUCUACCGUAUAUAAUGAUCAUACUAGCAGCUUGCAUAAGAGACAAAUUCAGCAAACUGCUACCAUGCACAGCGCCGCCGAUUUGUAUAAAGCUGGUGCUAGUGAACAGAAUCAAAUGAUAAUAAGUUUGGGCAACUUUGAAAUGGCACAGGAAAAAGGAAGUAAACUUGAUGAAUGCCAGGGCAACAGCUGUCUGAUUCGGAAUUUAAAUACACACACAGCUUCGUUAGAGAGUAUUGUCGGCGAUGUCGAUUCGUGGUAUACAUCCAAAUCCAAGAAACAAGCAAAAACAUUAACAUUUCGUAGUCAAACUACCAGCCAGCUCAGUUCCAAAUUGUUGCUCAAUAUUUUUUAAAAAUAGCACCCAUAAAUUUCAUUAUAUUUUACUAGAAAGCGCUGUUCCCAGAUGGGCAUAAUUUUUGACGUGCAGAAAAACAAUAUAUAUACAUACAUAUUUCUCAAGUUCCACAAAUUUUAGAGUGACAAUUUAUGGCAACCCUUAUGACCUUAAAAUUUGACACGAAAAUGGUAAAAAAAACCAAAAUUUAUGGCCACACCACUGAAAUAUUUGCCUAUUAAAUAAAUACAAUUAUUAAAAUGAAUCUGAUAAAAUCACAUUCAUUGCAUAUUUCUAUAGCGACAAUUUCCCAAGUAAAUAAUAUUGCAACUUGGUUGCAAUAUUUUUUUUAUUUUAAAUUACAUAUUCAGUCUGACCCCACAAUAUUAAUUAAUGAUAUUCCUCUUCACGAGAAAAUGCCUGUUUCUCUUCACUUUUCCGAUGUGAUUACAGAAUAAUAGGUUGUCCAUUUUGCGCGAAAAACACGAUUUCGUGCAUCUGAGAACAGCGCUUAAAUAAAAUAUAUAUAUACAUACAUAUGUAUGUAUGUAUAUAUAUUAUGACAGUCUAAGCGAAUACUUAUGUAAUCUAACAUAUGUACGUAUCUACAUAUGUAUAACUAGUCAAUAGAAUGGAUUCAACAAUUUCAUGAAUAUUUUUUAGCCCAACAGCCAAAGAAAUAACGUGUUGUAAAAUUUAAAUGUACUUGUACCUGUAGAUGAGCUAACAGAUAUUAUAAUAUCGACUCGAUAAACCACUUUAUUAAAGGUCGACUGAUACAAAAAUUCAUAUCUCAUUCAUAAAUGGAAUCAGUAAAUCGGAAUUUUGCUUAAGUAACUACACGCUGGCUACAUUAAAAUGAAUGCGUUGAAUUAAUAUUUUGGAAUAAGUGUACCUGUUUUUUUUUUGUAAGUGAAUUACAUUGUAGAGCAAUUAAUUUGGAAUAUACUACAAUUUUAUGUUUUAGAAUAUAUUUUACUAGCCAGCUUGCCCCGCAGCUUUCUUGUGUUGCAUAUUGAUAUACAUGUAUGUAUGUACAUAUGUACAUAUUUUUAACAUCUAAAAUUUAAAGUAAAUUAUAAUCUAUUGCCUCAUACAUUAACAACUUUAUAAAAACAAAAUGGAAAACAGUUGCCAGAUUAGCCCAAUUAACAUUUCAACACUUCCUCACAGGUCUUUGCUAGUAUGUUAUCAAGAUUACAAAGGCAAACAAAAGUCCAAAUGAAAAUUAAGAAUAGUUGGAUGAGGAUGAGGCCUAGUAACAUUUUCUGUUGCAUUUACUUUUCACGGAAAUUUUUAAUGAAUAACUUAAGAUUAAAUUUAUUUUGCUUCUUUUUAUUCAAGUAAUAUAUAAAACAAAAAUGUGCACUACUUUUGUCUAUGAUAACAUAUAUUUAAGUUUAUUUACAUUUAAAUACAUGUGUAUAUGAAACAAUAAAUAAAUAUAAAACAAGAAUGCUUUAGUCGAGAAUACUU